UGAAUAUAGCUGGAAUAACGACAAUCGGAUUCGGAAAGACCACGGCUCUCCUCUAUCCGCGCUCAUGGCAUAUCGCAUGCACAGUUUUACGUUUCCGAGUUUCAGCUUGCCCGGUCAGUUAGUUGUCAAAUAGUAGUCAAACACAGAAGCGCACCGCAUCACGAACAAUAGAUAAAUUACUUAGUUUACCGUCAAACGUGCUAAUUUAAAUACGACAUAAAUGCGUCGAAUGUAAAAGAAUUAUGUAACUAAAAAUGAAGCGAUGGAUCAAAUGUUUAAUUAUUUAUUAUAAUUAACUGACUGUAAACUGGAGGAUCAAACGAUUACUGGCAAAAACUAAUAAAAAACAUCAUCUGCAUUAAAUAUAUCUAUAAAUAUCAACUAGUAAAACAUGGAUGACGAGCUAGAGAAUUUCGUAUUCAGCAACAAUUCUGAUGACCUGGAUGAUUUUCAUUAUGAACUGUCAGCAUGGGACGUGGUGCAGGAUUCCGUCGCCAUUACUUUUACGUUUGUAGGUGUGGUUGCCAACCUUGUGAUAAUAUAUAUGAUAGCUCGCAAUGCGCGUAUGCGCACAAAAACAAAUCUAAUUCUAAUGAAUCUGGCAAUUAAUGAUACGCUUUUCUUGGUGAGCAAUCUACACUUUCUUUCAUCACUACUGGAAUUAAUGGGUAGCGAGGACCACUUUUCGUUUUUUGAUAAUUGUCUCUUACGAUAUAUUGACGUGGGCUUUCAGUUGAACGAAACUAUUUUUGUUCUCAUACUGGUAUCAAACACGCUGAUAAAAAGCAAACGUAUCGUAUUAAAAUGGUUACUAAUUAGUGUAUACGCAUCUAUCAUGUGCAAUUUUGUGAUACACUUGGGUCUCUGUACUGUGGAAAUAUGGCCUGUACUAUAUUUGACGUGUUUUGCUCUUUUUAUGCUCAUUCUCGGCGUGAUAUUGUUCAAAGAAGCGAAUAAUUGCUACAAAAAGUGGUACAAGAAAGAUCCCCUAAGUGAACGCACGCGCUUCAGGCUUAACAUCGCCCGAAUUUACACUGGUUCUUGGUUUUUAACGUUUUUCCUUUAUAUUGUGUCGGAUAAUACUCUUCGUUACUUGUUCUUCGCAUUAGCGCAACAUAGUUUCAUGGUCAGUUUGUAUAUAUUGAUUUACAUCGUGUGCGCGGAUAAAAACUUUAAGAUUUGCCUGUUGAAUCUGUUGCAAUGCAAAGGCGCUGGUGAUUACGACGUGGAUGCAACUAUUACUUUCGCUGAGGAUUCGAGUGAAGAUAGCCAGGAUAAUAAUCACGUCAAUAUAAAUUUUAACGCUAACGAGAAUCCGGUACGAACUCAAGUUCAAGAUGUGAGUACAAUUAGAGUUCCGUAAUGUUGGAAUAAGUUAAUCUUGAUGAAUCACUUUAGUCAGAAAAAAGCGCACCUAGUUUGAUUUAUCAAAAAAUUAAAAAAAUAUAUUGUUAAAAGUUUAUUUUACUCAAUUCUUAUUGUAAUUUAACAAAUAUAUUUGUGUUAUAUUGUUAAUUUUUUUGCUACGAUGGCAAAAAACUUGUUAUUUGUGAUAAUACUACUCAAAUGAUAAUAAGUAAAUAUGGCUGUAUAUUAAAAUAAAUAUAUGAUUGAUCAAUUAA